CUCAUAUACUCAAAGUCCAUGUUUGCAAACAAAAUGCUAAUGUGUAUUCAUUAGCCAAUAUAUACAACUGCCAUUUGUAGUUUAUUUAUGUAGCGAGCGAAAAGGAUUCAUCAAACAACUGUAAGCUACGGAGAGUGCCACUGAUCACUUGGAAGAGUAAAGGAAGUGCUUAGCUUGAAGAUGGCAACCACCACUGACCUGAAGGAAGCUAGUGGUACCCAAAUCUCUGGGGAAAUUUUGCUGCCAGAUUUCGCUAAGGGACCACUUUGUGUGUACCGCAAGAAAGCUUCCUUCAACUGGAAAGAGAUGGCAGUGUUUUUAGAGGGAAAAGAACUCCUCCAAUAUAAGAAUGGAAUCUUCUCUGCUUUGGAAAAUGAUCCACUCUUUGCUCAUCACCAUGGAGAAGAUAUAACCCAAGAGAAACAUCGUGAGCUGACAUUCCUGCGUUGCAAGAGGCUCUUUGAAUAUGAGUUUCUAAAUAUGGAAGAUCUCAUAGUGAAUCCAUUAAAACUUAUGAUACUGUUACAGUGCCUUGGGAUGUAUGAUUGGUCUCUGUUUCUCAAAUAUAUCUUAAAUCACCAAAAUUUCAAGAAUAUGAUUAAAAGUGCUGGUUCUGAGAGGCAUAAGGAAUUGGUGAGACAAGUCGAUAAUAUGGAGAUUUUUGGAUGUUUUGCUCUGACUGAACUUAGCCAUGGAACCAAUACAAAGGCUAUCCGGACAACUGCCCGAUAUGACCCCAGAAGUCAGGAAUUUGUCAUCAACACUCCUGAUUUUGAAGCUGCCAAGUUUUGGAUUGGUAACAUGGGAAAAAAUGCUACUCAUGCUGUUGUGUAUGCCCAGCUCUAUACUCUGGAUGGAAAAUGCCAUGGAUUGCAUACCUUUAUUGUACAGAUUCGAGAUACAAAAACAUUGUUGCCAAUGCCUGGAGUGAUGGUAGGUGACAUAGGAAAGAAACUUGGGCAGAAUGGUUUGGAUAAUGGAUUUGCCAUGUUUCACAAUGUCAAGAUACCUAAAGAAAACUUACUGAGUAGAACUGGAGGUGUCACAGUGGAGGGGGUAUACACAAAUUCAUUUAAGGAUCCCAAACAUCGUUUUAGUGCUUCUCUUGCAGCUUUCUCUGCUGCCAGAAUUUCAAUAGUACAAAUGUCUGUUGCUAAUUUAAAGCUCGCUUUAUCGAUAGCCAUUCGCUUCUCUGCAACGCGCCAUCAAUUUGGGCCAACAGAUGAUGAAGAAAUACCAGUCCUUGAAUACCAAAUGCAGCAAUGGCGUCUUCUUCCCUAUCUGGCAGCUACGUAUGCCUUAGACCAUUUCGUCAAGACUUUGUUCAUGAACUUCGUAGAAUUUAAAAUAGGCAUUGCGAUGAAGGAAAAGAGUAGAAGAAAGGCUGAACUCGGACGUGAACUUCAUGCUUUGGCUGCUGCUGGCAAACCACUGGCCUCCUGGUCUGCACAGUGGGCAGCCCAGGAGUGUCGAGAAGCUUGUGGAGGACAUGGCUACUUAUCCAUGAAUCGUCUAGGUGAUAUCCGCAAUGAGAAUGAUCCAAACUGCACAUAUGAAGGAGACAAUAAUGUCCUGCUGCAGCAAACUAGCAACUACUUGUUGAACUGGAUGACUGUGAAACACCAAGAUAAAGCGCCUAUUGUCCCUUUUGGAACAGUAAACUUUUUGGAAGAUUACCAUUAUACUCUGAGCCAAAAAUUUACAGCCUCCAGUGCUGAAGAUUGCAUGAACUCUUCAGUUCCUUUAGCAGCCUACAAAUGGCUGGUGUGUUACCUGCUCCAAGAAAGUGACCUAAAGGUGAACCAGAAGAAACAGUCUGGAUGUAGUGAUUUUGAGGCGAGAAACAACAGCCAGGUAUACUACUGUCAUUCAUUAGCUAUGGCUUUUAUUGAGCAUACAGUUUUACAAAGAUACCAUGAUUACACUCAUGAUCCCACCACACCAUCUACUCUCCAGCCUGUACUAAAGCAACUCAGUGCUCUCUAUGGACUAUGGUCUUUAAGUAAACAUAUGGCUGUGCUCUAUCAAGGUGGAUAUAUUUCAGGUGAAGAACCUGCUAGGUUUAUCCAAAAUGCUAUUCUCAAACUCUGUACCAAGUUGAAAGAUGAUGCUGUUGCCUUGGUUGAUGUCAUUGCUCCUCCUGACUUCAUUCUGAACUCACCCAUUGGCAGAUCUGAUGGAGAGGAACUCUGCAUAGUAUUUUCAGCUUUAUUUUAUGCAGACACCAUGUAAAAAUUAUAUGAGAAGCAUCACCAGAAUUUUGAAGACAGAUGGACUUGUUUUGUUCCACUCUCGGGUUACUGCUUGAGAGAUCAGUGACAUAAAGAUGAAGUAAUCUGAAUGAAAGAGCCACCCUGUUUCUAGAUCAAGCAUUUAUAUCUGUGCAAAAUGAAAGCAUUAGCUUCUAAUUUAUUUCUGUGGUCAUACUCGGACUCGAUCUGUUAAGUAUUAAAAAUAUUUUUUUUCCAAGGCAAAACGAUGUUUCCUAACAGCA